CAGUGCUGCGUCUGCUGCUACAUCAUCUCAGCUGAUCCGGAGGAUUCCCUCGGCAAGGAAACAAACAAGCCCUGCCUGUAUGCUCAGCUCAGCACGACACCAUGGAUUUCAACGUCAAAAAACUGGCUUCUGAUGCAGGGGUCUUUUUCACCCGGGCAGUGCAGUUCACAGAGGAGAAGCUGGGCCAGGCUGAGAAGACAGAGCUGGAUCCUCACUUAGAGAACCUAAUCACUCGGGCUGAUGGCACCAAGAACUGGACUGAAAAGAUCUUAAGACAAACAGAGGUGCUCCUGCAGCCCAACCCAAUUGACCACACUGGUGCUCGAAUAGAGGAGUUCAUCUAUGACAAGCUGGAUAAGAAGCUUCCCUCCAAGGCAACCAAUGCAGAGCUGCUGGGCCAGUACAUGCUGGAAGCUGCCAAUGAAUUUGGUCCAGGGACGCCAUAUGGCAGUACCCUGAUCACAGUGGGAGAGUACCAGAAGAGACUGGGAGGAGCAGAGCGCGAGUUCCUCCAUACCUCAGCUACCACCUUCCUCACUCCUCUACGCAACUUCCUGGAAGGAGACUGGAGGACUAUAUCAAAAGAGAGGCGACUGCUGGAGAAUCGACGGCUGGAUCUUGACAUCUGCAAAGCACGCCUGAAAAAAGCCAAGAAUGCAGAAGCUAAAGGAGCGGCUGCACCUGAUUUUCAGGAGACAAGGCCUCGAAAUUAUGUUCUUUCUGCCAGUGCAUCAGCGUUGCUGAGUGAGGAAGUGGACAAAGCAGAGCAUGAGCUCCGUGUCGCUCAGACAGAGUUCGACCGACAGGCUGAGGUCACCAGACUGCUGCUAGAGGGAAUCAGUAGCACGCAUCUCAACCACCUGCGGUGUUUGCAGGAUUUUGCGGAGGCUCAGGCCACUUACUAUGCCCAGUGUCAUCACUACAUGCAGGACCUGCAGCGGGAGCUCAACAGAUGUGCAAAUUCCGCUGGUGCCCACAUCCCCUCUGCUGCUGUCUGCCCAAACCCUGUCUCCUCUGCUUUCCUGUCUGGAUUGACGUCACCUGGGGCUCCAGUCUCGUGCUCAUCCAGCCAAAGGCCCAGCACUCUGGCUAUGGAGCAGACACAACUCCCUAUAACAGGCACCAGAAAGGCCAAGGUCCUGUAUGAUUAUGAAGCCCAUGAUGCAAGCGAGCUUUCCCUCCUGGCUGAUGAGUUCAUAACCGUAUACACCGUACCAGGAAUGGACCCUGAUUGGUUGAUUGGAGAGCGGGGGAACGAAAAGGGCAAAGUCCCCGUCACCUACCUUGAACUGCUGAGCUAAUGGACCAAACAUCAGGAAACACUCACACAUCUGAAAAAUCUCCAUUUACUGUCACACAUGGGUGCAUUUAGUACACUUAGUGUAUCUUGAGCUGUGGCUAUCCUAAAGCUUAUGCAAUCCUGCUUUCAGCAAGUUUCUAUAAAUAUAGAUGACCAAUGAGAGGGAAUUGCAGCAAACACUUGUGUGUGAGCAACAGUUUUAUUUGAGUAGUUGUGUCAUGACAGACCUACUCUUAUUCCGGUAAUGUGUAUCCAGCAUGUGAUGAGGCCACAGUUAAAGCUACACCCCCUCAUUUUUUUAACAGUGUCAGUUACUUUUGUGUGAAAACUGAAACUCAAUUCCUGUCAAUCUCGCAUGUGUUUGUACACAAAGCAUUCAUGAGCCAUUCAAAGACCAAGACCUUGUGUAAUCCAUUAAAGGAUAAUUCCAAUUUA